AUGGGCCCGUGGCCGGUUAGGCGGGAUUCACAUGCGGCGGGCGAGGCGGCCGUGGCCGCUGGUACUUCUUCGGUCCUCCCGCCCGAGGCACUGAGAUCGCACGCCCAACAGCGGCCCGUGAAGUUUGCGGAUCACCCAUAUGAUCCGAACUCCUCAGAGUCGGACUUUCAUCCUUCUAAGAGCCGGAAGCCUCAGCGGCGACCCCAGCAUUCGAGGUCCCUGAGCAACCCAUUCCCUUCAUUCUUUACUGGCAAUAAGAAGAAAAAGGUAGACGAUCAAGAAGACGAGACGUCGUCUCCCGGUGACGAGGAAGAGGACAACUCCGCGCCCCGAUACUCCAAAGAAAAGUCCCGUAGGCCGUCACACCGCUCCCAGCAUGGUCACAAUCCGAGCAAGGACUUUGCGUCGGGAUAUUGCAUGACAUGCGGUUCCAAAACGAGCUGGCCCAAAGAACUACAGACUUUUCGCUGUACGGUGUGUAUCACGAUCAAUGACUUGGUUCCAAGGCCCCCGCCGGAAGUGAGAGAAGGCCCUACAGGAUGGCCUCGUGCCUCUGCGUUCAGUGGAGGCCAGCUUUCGCCGACCUCGCCGAGCAUCCCCACGCCCCCGUUGCAAGACUCGGCAUCCUCUUCUACCCUGUCCCCAGCCAAGCCGAUAUCAACAUGCCAUACCAAACUCCUUGUCCGCCAAUGUCUGUACUCUUUCCUCAAGUCAGCUUUUGAGGAUGCUGACAAGCGCCGACAUACUUUUGACUUGAACCCUUUCCAUGGUGGGGAUAUGAAGUUACCUGCUGUUGAACCACCCCAGAAGUCUGGUACCCCCGAUUCCCAUUCGCCCGAACCCGCAACGUACGGUACACCGUGUACCAGCAUCUCCCGGCUACUCCCCACCAACGUGUUUGAUGAGUCUCUCCUCACUCCUGUUCGGUCCGGAAGCCAAGGACCCACCGACCUGCGUUCGCGUGAAUCGGCUCCCACUGAACCUGCGAUUGCUCAGCUCGACCCCAAGAUGCUGUUGGUUGGCGACAUUGCUGAGAAUGGGGCUUGGUGGAGUGGAGGGCAGGAUGGAUACUUUGUCCGACGAGCCGCUUCACAGAGACAAGAGAUUUCGCGAUCUCGGGUAUCCCAUAGAUCGCCUCAUCUGGACUGGGAAGAUCUCCAAGAUUGGUACAAUACCGUAAUCAGCGCCGCCGAGGGAUGGAGGAGUGCGUACGAUAAUCUCAUCUCUGAAAAGCCAGAAGAGUGGCAAUGCUUGUUCUCGGAGCAAAAACUACGAGACCUGGAGAUCCAGCUCCUCACGGCGCAGGUGCAUGUUCAAAGGGUACUCCUAAAAUCUACCGACGACCUCCUCAAGCGACCGGGCCGCCCCAUAUCAGAACCCGAUAGUUUACGAUUUCUUCUAAUCAUCCUUCAGAACCCGCUGCUCUACCCAAAUCCCCGCGUGUUUCGAGGCUGGUUGCAAUCACCCAAUUCUGAGAGCGCCAUCGCUCACGGCCCCCGAUCGUCACCGCCCAGGGCCGGGCUUCCAAGAAACCACUUCAAGCAAAUUAAGGACCUCGUUUCGGGGUUCCUCACCUACCGCCUUCUUCGGCAAUUCAGCGCAAAGCCGGAAACAAAAAUAGAUAUCACCAACGGACUCGUGCCUAGCCUAGAGAGCGGCCAUCGAACUGCCGCCGUCCUUCAUGCAGCCAUCGGCGAUGGCGCCGCACCGACGACCAAGGUCCCAACUGCAUGGACGAUGAGCCGUGACGACUGGCAAGUUCGGGCGGCCGCUCGUGUAAUGGCUUUCCUCUUCGCGGCGAAUAAUCUUCCCAUCCUUCCGACGAGCGACUUUUACGUCUCCCUUGCAGAUUCUGCCGAUCUCGUGGCGGACCUCAAGAUCAUAGCGGCAAAGAUACGGGUGAUGGAGCACGAAGCCAAACGGCAGAUGCUCACUAAAGCGCGUGACGCGUUCUUCGAUAGCAUCCUUAACCGGAAGAACGUGAACCAGUAUUGGAUCCUCCGCAUUCGCCGAGAUUGUCUUGUGGAAGACAGCCUUACCGGAGUGAGCGAAAUCAUCGGCAGCGGCAGCGAAGAUAUCAAAAAGAGCCUCCGUAUAGCCUUUUCCGGAGAGGAGGGAAUUGAUCAUGGUGGCCUACGAAAAGAGUGGUUUUUACUCCUUAUUCGGGAGGUCUUCAACUUGGACAAUGGCAUGUUUGUCUACGACGAGGAGUCAGGAUACUGUUACUUUAAUCCCCAUUCUUUUGAGACAUCUGAUCAGUUUUUCCUCAUUGGCGUCGUCAUGGGGCUUGCUAUCUAUAAUUCGACCAUCUUGGACAUACCCUUACCACCCUUCACCUUCCGGAAACUGUUGGCUACAGGACCAGCUCCCGCCCCAGGCUCGGCGGCGCAUCCCCGGCCGCUGCUGAGCUACGGUCUCGCCGAUCUCGCCGAAUUCAGACCACGUCUCGCCAAGGGACUCCAGCAACUUCUUGACUACGACGGUGACGUGGAGAGCACCUUUGGCCUCGACUUCGCUAUCGGCAUGGAAAAGCAGUUUGAACCGUUCAAGCGCGGUUUCUUCACAGUCUGCGGUGGGAAUGCGCUCAGCAUGUUCCGCCCGGAGGAGAUUGAGCUCCUCGUCCGUGGCUCCGCCGAGGCGCUCAACGUCGACGCGCUCAAGAGCGUUGCGGAGUACGAGGAUUGGGGCACGGAACAGCCUGCCGAAUCCGAACCCGCGGUGGGCUGGUUCUGGCAGACUCUUGCUGAGGCUGCUCCAGCGGACCAGCGCAAACUGCUCUCGUUCAUCACGGGUAGCGAUAGGAUUCCGGCCAUGGGAGCGUCGUCGGUCAAGAUCAAGGUGGGGUGCCUGGGGGAGGAUUGCGACCGGUUCCCUAUUGCGCGGACAUGCUUCAACAAGAUUGUCUUGUACAGAUACGGAUCGAGGGAGAAGCUGGAGAAGAUGGUGUGGACGGCAGUCUACGAGAGCGAGGGAUUCGGCUUACGAUAA